AAUCUCCAUGCAGUCCGGAGGCUACGAGUUCUCGUCUGCGCCACGCUCGGUCGCUACCAAGCGCACCAAGAGUUCUGCCGUGCCGUCCGUCUAAGCUUCCAUGUGUGUUUGCGUUUAUUUCCAUCUGACUGCUGUGUUCUCUGUUCAGCAAUGGCAACGCCAAUGGCAAUACAGAGCGAGCGCAAAACAUCAUGUUUGACAAACGUGUGCACCGUGGCAGUGCUUACGUGAUGCGGGAGGAGACGCCCGAGAGCCCAGGACGAGGAGGUGGAGAUUCCCGCAAACCGAAUAAAGCCGUCACUCGGGCAGCACGUUAUCAACAGCAACAACAGCAACAGCAGCAACUGCAACAGCGGCCGGCCACACCUCCCCCGGUCGGCGACAGAUUCCACAUGGACGUACAGACCGACAAUUACCUGGAGGAACUCACCGACAGAAACCCAGAGGUAGAUGCGGACACACAAACCGAUGCGCUUUUGGAUCUACACCCGCCCAUUACCUUCAUGCCGAUACCCUCGGGGAUAGAUGUAGCCACACAGAUUGAGAACGGUGACCUGUUCGACUUCGUCUUGGAGGUCGAACCAAUCUUGGAAGUUCUGGUAGGCAAAACAUUGGAGCUCGGGAUGAUGGAACUAUUGGAGGAGAUUGAGCUACGAGAGAUUCGCCAGCGCCAGGAACUAUUCGAACAAGCCCGCAACGCCGAGUUGGCCGAGGUGCAGCGUCUCGAAGCAGAAGCAAAGCGCCGUUUCGCAGAGAAGCAGCGUCGCCUGGACGAAGAGACUGCACGUCUCGCAGCACAGGCCGAAUUGGAAGAAAAAGUGGCAGCUCGUGCGUCUGCCAAGCAGUAUUUGGCCAAUCUUCAUGCCCAAGUAUUCGACACGCUCGUGGAGAGUGGCCAUUUCUUCGACCCGCUAGCAAAGGACGUCAAACAGAAUUUCCUACCAGGGCUUCUUGAAAGUGCCGCUGCUCGCGCGCAUCAGCUCGACGCUGGUCGGAAAUUGCUUGAUGCGAUCCUAGUUGACGCGCUUCGCUCGCGAGCUGCAAGUGGAUAGGACCU